AUGGCCGGUCUUGAGCUGCUGGGAAACGAGAUGAACUUCUCGAAAGCGACCACCGACGAUUUUCGGAAGAAUCUUUACAAAACAUUUGAUGUCUGUUUCGAUACAACGAUGCAAAACAUCGAAGCCAAGUACGACAAAGAGCCUGGAGUGCUGCAAAAGCUUCGAACACAGUUCGAAUCUCAAUUCGAUGUUUCUCAAAGCGGAUCCGAAUUCAGCUUGACAAAUUUCUGGAAAGAUACGAGCACAGCAGAGAAUUUGGAGCUGAUGACUGAAAUGGAGAGACUUUUCGAGAAGAAAUUGACCGAACACUUGGCGACGCAAUAUUUCAACGACAACGAGUUGGGCCCAUAUCUCGGGCGAUCGAUCCAUUUGCUCCAGAAAACGAUGGAGACAAAUUUCAAAGAUAUCAACGAGCAGCUUUCGUUUCAAAACACCGAUCUCAAGAAUUUCAUCGAAAAUCAGGCACAUUUGGAGCACGAGAGGAAAUUCAUUGAGGCGGGUCGAACUUUGGGAUUUUUUUAUUGU